UUUUGCUGCGCGGCCGCCGCCGCCGCCGCCGCGGGCCUCGCGAGCUCAUUUGUGCCUGGCUGGUCCCCAUUCCUCUCUCCCCAGUGUUGAGUGUCUGAGCCGUUGGCUGCUCCGAACCGUUUGGCUCUUUCCCUUAGUAACAGCUUUUACCUUCUGCCUCAAUUCCUCUCCCCGCUCGCGCCCUUCCCCCGCGCGCCGCCUCCCCCCGCCGCCGGCCGCGUGCGCCCCCGCCCCUCCCCCCGCGGCGGGAGCACCUCCGCUCGCCACCUGGGGACCCGCGCCGCGCUCCCCGCCCCCGCCCGCCCGGCGCCCAUCCCCCGCGCCCUCCGCUCGCUGGGGUUAUAAUUGCCUCUCACCCCCCGGAGGGGUUAUUUUGGGGGUGGUUGGAGGCGGUGGCGGCGGCGGCGAGGAGGGGAAUUUCCUUGUGCCUCCAUUCCCGGGAGGGGGGAGCGGCGUUGGAGGCCACCGUUUCCAGGUCAUGUUGUGUUUUCUUGGAUUCCUUCGUUGUUUUGCCACUUUACCUUUUCAGUUUUUUCAUCAUCAACAACAGCAACUUGUGAUUGGCGGUGACCGGAUAUUCAGUUGCACAUCCCCACAUCAAUGCACUGCCAAUGGAUUUUCUCAUUCAGCAUUUACCUUUGGUAUAGAAAGCCAUAUCAGUCAGUCCAAUAUAAAUGGUGCCCUCGUCCCACCCGCUGCAUUGAUUUCUAUCAUCCAGAAAGGUCUACAGUAUGUAGAAGCAGAAGUUAGUAUUAAUGAGGAUGGUACCUUGUUUGAUGGUCGACCAAUAGAGUCUCUGUCCCUGAUAGAUGCCGUAAUGCCUGAUGUAGUACAAACAAGACAACAAGCUUAUAGAGAUAAGCUUGCACAGCAACAGGCAGCAGCUGCUGCAGCUGCCGCAGCUGCAGCCAGCCAACAAGGAUCUGCAAAAAAUGGAGAAAACACAGCAAAUGGGGAGGAGAAUGGAGCACAUACUAUAGCAAAUAAUCAUACUGAUAUGAUGGAAGUGGAUGGGGAUGUUGAAAUCCCUCCUAAUAAAGCUGUUGUGUUGCGGGGCCAUGAAUCUGAAGUUUUCAUCUGUGCCUGGAACCCUGUUAGUGAUCUCCUAGCAUCAGGGUCUGGAGACUCAACAGCAAGAAUAUGGAAUCUUAGUGAGAACAGCACCAGUGGCUCCACACAGUUAGUACUUAGACAUUGUAUACGAGAAGGAGGGCAAGAUGUUCCAAGCAACAAAGAUGUCACAUCUCUAGAUUGGAAUAGUGAAGGUACACUUCUAGCAACUGGUUCCUAUGAUGGGUUUGCCAGAAUAUGGACUAAAGAUGGUAACCUUGCUAGCACCUUAGGGCAGCAUAAAGGCCCUAUAUUCGCAUUAAAAUGGAAUAAGAAAGGAAAUUUCAUCCUAAGUGCUGGAGUAGACAAGACUACAAUUAUUUGGGAUGCACAUACUGGUGAAGCCAAGCAACAGUUUCCUUUUCAUUCAGCACCAGCAUUGGAUGUUGAUUGGCAGAGCAACAACACCUUUGCUUCUUGUAGUACAGAUAUGUGCAUUCAUGUCUGUAAAUUAGGACAAGACAGACCUAUUAAAACAUUCCAAGGACAUACGAAUGAAGUAAAUGCUAUCAAAUGGGACCCAACUGGCAAUCUCCUGGCCUCCUGUUCUGACGACAUGACUUUAAAGAUAUGGAGUAUGAAACAAGACAAUUGUGUCCAUGAUUUGCAAGCACAUAAUAAAGAAAUUUAUACCAUCAAAUGGAGUCCAACAGGACCAGGGACUAAUAAUCCAAAUGCCAACCUUAUGUUAGCAAGUGCAUCCUUUGAUUCUACUGUUAGGUUAUGGGAUGUAGACCGAGGGAUAUGCAUCCAUACCUUGACAAAACACCAAGAGCCUGUGUACAGUGUAGCUUUCAGUCCUGAUGGCAGGUAUCUGGCAAGUGGUUCUUUUGACAAAUGUGUACACAUCUGGAACACACAGACAGGUGCUCUAGUUCACAGCUAUAGGGGAACAGGUGGAAUAUUUGAAGUUUGCUGGAAUGCAGCGGGAGACAAAGUUGGAGCCAGUGCAUCAGAUGGUUCAGUUUGUGUAUUAGACCUUCGGAAAUAGCGCUACUAGUUGGAAGCCAUGGACCGACUAUGAAUGUGUACAUAGCCAAAAUGACUGUCCCUGACCCAUGUACUGCUAUAGUCCCACUUGAACCAUGGCCAGUCCACUACAGCCAAAUCUAAAAGAAAUAUAUACCUAACAGUGUAUAUAAACAAAAUUGCACCCUGAAGAUGACAGAGUUUUGUCACAGCUUGUGAAUUCUGUUCACCAAGUGCUGGAAUCUAAUCUGCUGUGCCCCUAAAAUAGCAUUUAGAAGUUUUGGAUAUGAAAAACAGAAGAGAGAAAAAUAUACAUUAUAAAAGCAGAACAUACAUAUACCAGUUUUUGGAUACUAAAUGACAGCCUUGUUUCUCCCCUUUGAAUCAGCAGACACCAUGGAUUAUAUUCUUUUUUUCCCUUCAGUAGUGAGCAGUUUGUAUGUACAGAGAAAAUGGACUUACAAAAACUUGCAGCAGUAGUUUGUUCUUGCUUUAAAAUUUCGUUUUUGGUUUAGAUUAUGGAUGCAUGAAGUAAGGGAGUGAAUCAGUUUCUUGUUUAUAUUUUUUUCACCUUUUAAACAAAAAAUUCUUUAAAAUAUUUUAAUGCAUUCUUUUGAAGAGGUAGAUAUUUGGUACAUUUUAUGGCUCCCAGAGCAUAUAUUCAGUUGGUGCAUGUUGUGGAAGGGGGAAUUGGAAAUUAAAUGAAAACCUAUGACUUUGGUCAUGUCAAUCUGUAAGACACAUCAGUAAAAGGGUAUUAUGCUCUGUUGGUUUUGUUUUUUUUGUUUUGCUUUUUUUUUUUUUUCUUUUUUGUUUUUUGGUGAUGUGGCUUAAAUGCAAUAGUUUCUUUUUUGGGACAUAUUUCUGCCAAUUAAAGACUAGAAGGGCACAAAUUUUUUUUAAUUACCAUAGAGAAGAUACAUUAAAAAAAAAAAGAUCUUCUGAUGUUUUGUAGCCAUAACUAAAUUAUGGUAAAAAUGUGCACUAUUGUGAAAAGGAGCAAAGUAGUUUUGGGUUUUUUGUUGUUUGUUUGUUUUGCUUUGUUUUUUAAGAGAUUAAAAUGUUUCUGGAUAAGGAUUAGCUUCUCGAAGUGUCCAUCAUUCUGUGUAGAAGCUUAAAUAUGUAAUGUAACCAAACUCCAGUAUUAAAAAUCUCUCAUGUUGUUUUCUUUAUACAAAGCAAGAUAACGGCAUAUAACACUGCCAUUACAUGGCAAAAUGUUUGCUACCUUAGUUUAUAAAACAAUCUCAAACAAAAGACUUGCUUCAAGGUGUUUUUAAAUAGCAGUGAUUCAGAAUUUUUUUUAUGAAAGUAUAAUUGCACUAACCUUCUUCCUGCUGCUCUGAUUCUGCGUUUGUGGUACUUGUGACUACGUUUUUUCAAAUAUAGAUAGAUUUAAGCUGCUAAUUUUUUUUUCCAGUAAUCACUACUAUAUCAUGUCUUUUACUCUGUUUAUAAUAUCAAGUAUUUUCUUAAAGAUAUAGAUAUUAACGUUGUGCUCAUGCAACUUAGAGUAACAUAUACAGACAAAUGAUUGCAUGAGGCCAUGUUUAUAUGUGUGACUAAUAAGGCUUGUCAUGAUUAACAUAAUCCAGGUAUGUCAUUUCUGAAGAGAAUAGUCAUCAAAUUUAUAUCUCAAAGAUUUUAAUUAAGGAAUUGCUUAUUGUUGAGCUUAGCAAAUUAAUAACACUAUUUCUGUCACUAAUUAUUUUGAGGCCUUUUAGUACUAAAAUUUUAACCUGUGUUCUAAGUAGAAACUGAUUUAACCCAAGUAAUGCAGCUUUGAUUUUCAGCAUUCGUUGCUUUGCUAUUUUUACAAAACAGCGUUGAUUGAAGCAAGUCUUGGUUUUACUAAGGUAGGGUAGCAUUUGCUAUUGGUAAAGAGAAUAAGUACACUUAAUUUCACAAUACAUUGUUAUAUGUACCCCAGUUGUUGUUAGUGGGGACUAUGAUACUGUAAUAAUAUUUUUAAAAAUUUACAUCAAGAGAGGCAGUCAUUCACGAUGGUUUUGUGCCAGCUCUUUUUAGGGUUUUGGAUCACAUUAGAGAUAUUUAGAACAUAUUACCCUGUGACUUACGUAGGAAACCUAAUAUGCUGAGUAUCUGGCACUUGAAUUCCUGCUUUUAUUGCUGGAGGUCCACAUCUGUGGUUGACCUCUGUUAUUGUUUAAAAAAAAUAAAAUUAAAAAAAUCUGUGCAAUAAUUUUAAAAUGUGCUCCCAGGAAUAGACACAAAUGUUUUGAGUAUCUUUUAAGCUGCAUUUUCCUUUAGCGAUGCAUUUGUCAAUUGCACUGAAUUUAAAUCUGAAAGUCAGAGGUGAUUAUUGAUAGUACUUUUGUAUUUUGAUAUGGACAGUUUAUUCAUUUGCAUACAGUUAUUGACUGUUUCCCAGCUGAUUAAAAGAUAGUCAAGAAAUUCUGCAAUAUAGCUGCCAAAAUAGACAGCUACAUUUUUAUGAUAUUGUCAUCUUUUCUGUUUUUUUUUUCUUUUUUUUCUUUAGCUAUUUUACUUAAGCAUAAUAGCCACAAUAGGACAUAUAAAAGAUUAUAAAUACAGAGCUUUAUUAUCCUGACGUCUUGGGUCUUUUAAGUAUACACUUUUCUGAAAGGUAUCCAUUUCAUAGGCUUGGGUUCUUCAUGAGCAUAUGAUUGUUUAUUUUUGCUGCUGUUCUCAACAUCAUCAUUGCCUGCUGAUGUGCCACGAUGCUGCUCCAAUAGACAGAAAUAAGAUUGUCUCUAAUUUGAGCAGUAACAUGAUUGCAAGAGACCAAGUUUCACAGCUUGUAAAGUUCUGUAUUCGGGAUUCUUGCUUAUUUUUCUGCCUGUGUUUUUCUGAGAACUUAUUCCUGAUGAUCAAUUGAAUCCAGUAGUUUUUCUAUGCUAUUUGUUGUUGCAUAAGCUACUGUAAGAAACUUAUCAUAAGGAAAAAUAGAAAGGAAAACUUGAAUCAAUACUCAUUGAUUAAAAUGGAAUAAAGAAAGAGCAGCUGCCACUUUUAAACAACAUAAAGGAAUAUCUUUUUUUGUCUCCGUGUAGGAACUCCUGUAAGUUCUUAUUAUUUGUUCCAAUUCCUAUUUCCUGCCAUUGACCAGAUAACAUCAUUGACUUUCAAAUGACUUUUAGAAGUGGUAACUCUUAAUUUCCUAAUAGAUACUAGAUUGUAUUGAAUUCUGUUUUAAUUAUUCUCUAGGUAAGUAUGUUUUAGGAUUAAAUACCUUUUACAGAUACUGAAAGUGCCUCCUUUUGUGGUGUAAAAAACAAAUUAUGGUGCAAAAAGUAAUCACUAGAUUGAAUUACAUGAAGGUUUUUUGCUUUUUGACAUAUGAAAAUGUCAAGAGAAAGGCCAAAGAUUUGUACUUUUUCACUUACAGAGCACUCCUUUUUCCCUUAAACUUAUUUCUGUCAAAUUAGAUUUAAUGAGAGAGUACUAUUUUUAAGGAGCUAUCUGUUUAUGUAGAAUGAUUUUGUUAAGAGUAAUGUAAACUAUUAUUGAGUAGAGGCCUAAAGAGGACUGUGCAUUUUUGCUAUUUAAAGGAAUCACAAAUGAUCAUACUUAAGUGAGCAAAAAUGACAAGUUUUACUAGCUAAGUAGAGAAAUAAAUCUCAAAUGCAGCGCUACAAUUUUCAUUAUCUUAAGCACAUUGUACAUUUCUACAGAACCUGUGAUUAUUCUCGCAUGCUAAGGAUGGUACUUGCAUAUGGUGAAUUACUGUUGACAGUUUCCGCAGAAAUCCUAUUUCAGUGGACCAACAUUGUGGCAUGGCAGCAAAUGCCAACAUUUUGUGGAAUAGCAGCAAAUCUACAAGAGACCCUGGUUGGUUUUUCGUUUUGUUUUCUUUGUUUUUUUCCCCCUUCUCCUGAAUCAGCAGGGAUGGAAGGAGGGUAGGGAAGUUAAGAAUUACUCCUUCCAGUAGUAGCUCUGAAGUGUCACAUUUAAUAUCAGUUUUUUUUAAACAUGAUUCUAGUUAAAUGUAGAAGAGAGAAAAAAAGAGGAAGUGUUCACUUUUUUAAUACACUGAUUUAGAAAUUUGAUGUCUUAUAUCAGUAGUUCUGAGGUAUUGAUAGCUUUCUUUAUUUCUGCCUUUACGUUGACAGUGUUGAAGCAGGGUGAAUAACUAGGGCAUAUAUUUUUUUUUUUUUUGUAAGCUGUUUCAUGAUGUUUUCUUUGGAAUUUCCGGAUAAGUUCAGGAAAACAUUCUGCAUGUUGUAUCUAGUCUGAUGUACUUAUCCAUCUCAUUACAAACAAAAACACACAGACUGCAUUUGUAGCUCUGUAAUCCUUGAAUACAGGAGUAAAUUUUCUUCUUUCCUGACUUUGACAUUGUAGCUAUACUGUUCUCAUUUUUAUUUUUACAAAUCCUUUGGGUCUAAUUCUGUGAGCCUACCUAUAGCACUGGAUUAAAAUGUCUGCAUCAUUUCUUUAGUUAUCCAGUUAACUUUAAAACUGUUGUAAAAGUGUAAACCAGCCCAUGACAGUUUUUCGUACAUGUUAAAGAACUUCAUUGUUCAGUUUUCAUGAUUAUUGUAUAAGGAAGACUGAUAUAGAUGUUCUAUGCUGUCCUGGACCAUGUUAAUUACACUUACGAUGUAUUUUGGUUCCACAUCACAAUGAUUUGUCCCCAGUGACCCUUUUAUCCUUUCUAGGCACAUUUUUUUUGUUGUUGUUGUUGCAGUUCCCCUUUGCAUUGUAUUGCUUUGACAACUGUAAUUUGAAUCAGAUCUGAAAGAGGUCCAGAAUAAAAUAUAUUUUGAUAUUA